AGACUUUGUAUACUUGCAUAGAGAAAAAAAACCGAAUUACAAAUAUAUUCACAGUUAUAAAUAUAUAUAUGUUCUCAUGUGUAAUAAAAGUAUUCGAUUAUACAUAAACUAUACAAAAUAAUAAACAUGAAGUGCAUAUAUUUAAUUUAAUAUGAAUACAAAAUAUUGCGCGUACUAAACAUAAUUUGCAUUAGUUUUUGUACAAAUCGGCUUUUUUUGUUUGUUUUUGUUGUGUGUGUGAGUGUGCGUUGUUCGUAAGGUGUGUGAAAAUAUGUAUGAAAACAAAUUACAUUUGAUGGAGGUGAUAAAAUCAACCAAUAUGGCUUUGCAAAGCCAUCAUCAGAGCCGGAUGCAUCGGAUGAAGAAAAGGUUUGCCGUAGCUGCUCGUCGUAAGGCGUAUAAUGGACAUCGAUCAUUUGUAUUCUUAAGGAACUGCUGCUGAACCAUUGCCACAAAUCAAACUCGAAACGGCUUUGGCUGGAAGGAAGCCCAUUGCAAGUGACGACGACAUGGACAGCGCUAAAUUAAAGACUGCCUCUCCGUCUGCGUCUGGCGGCAACAACAAUAAUAACAACAACAAUAACAAUAUUAAUGGAUCUGGAGGUGGAGCAGCGCAAGUGACGACGCAUGUUUCCUUGCAGGAUCACAUCGCAGGAUCCGUUAAAGCGAAGCCUCAAGACGACAAAAGUGAAAAGCCACUGGGCGCAGUCAGUGGCCUGGCAGCAGUGGCCAGUAGUCAGAAUAGUGGCACGAAAAGUAUUAAUCCUGCUACUCCCGCUCCUGCUGCUGGUGUCGUGGUAUUAAAUCUUCCGCCGCCUACUGCCUCUGCCUCCGCCUCCGCCUCUGCCUCCAUUCAAGCCAAUGCAGAAAUCACGGAACAGUCUGCAGAACCAAUAAUCGCCGUUGCAGGAGCAUCAGCAUUGGGAGCAUCUGAUUUGGAAUCGACGGCUUCUACGCUAGAGCCAACCUGUUUGGAAACAGCUUCGAUGAGGCCCAAUAAUAAUACAUGCGACUUUGAUUCUGAUACGGAACUAUCCAUAGUGGCCGCCGCGGCGGCAGCUGUCUCAGCGUCGUCAGCCGUCAACGUCUCGUCGUCGAGGUCUCCUCCCACAUCGCCGCCUGCAUCAGCAUCCCUUAUACUACCGGCACUAAGUUCCAGUGUGGCCAACGCUGCGACAGCAGCAGCAGCAGUAUCCUCCUUGUCGGCCAUGGUGGGAAAUCAGCAGCAGAAUCAGGCCGGAUUCGGUGGAGGAGCAGGAGCAGGAGUUGGUGUUGGUGUUGGCAGCACUAAUGGCCACAGCAGCAACAGCACUCACCUGAGUCUAAAUGCAAAGCAACAGCGUCAGCAGAAACGUCGGCGGGAACGUGCACAGCGCUUGCAAGCGGAACGCGACAGUCGAUGCAAUUCCAGUGCAAUGAAUGGCACAUUCAUCGCUGGAUCUGUAGCUGUCAACAGUAGUGCCGGCAGCGGCACUGUAGGAGCUGCCACUGCAGCUCAAGGAGGCCUAGUUACACCUGUCGGCGUCGGCGGCGGCUCGUCAUCGUCCGUGGUGGUAAUGGGCAACGGAUCAGGGACAGUGGCCGGAAACGGUAACGGAAUGAUCUAUCACAUUAACAGCGCUGGCAGCAUGGGCGAGGAUAGUAACAAUUCGAAUGGCAACUUCACCAGCAGCAGCAACGGCAGUAAUAAUCUCCUGCCGCCGACAGAUAGUAUUGCCUCGUUGCUCCUCAACCCGCCACAUUCCCCCGAGUGCAACUCAGGACUAAUGGCCACGCCCAGUGAUAGCGAGGGCGAGUCAUUAGACGAGGAUCUACUCUCCACAUCGUCGUCGUCGACGCUGCUAUUGCCGCGAGAUAAACCGCCGCCGCGGCCGCCACCUCCAGUUCGAAGGAAACUGCCAAGAUCUCCGGUGCUGGAAGAGGAAAUAAUCGAUGGCUUUGCUAUAUUGGAAUUCAAGACAUAUGAAGAUCUCGAGUUUGCUAUCAAAUUGGGACAGAAGCGUAAGGAGAAGCGCCUGUCGGCACUCGAGGAGCUAACGUGUACCUACAGCAUAGAGGAAAUGAAAAUUCCAAAGGUCAUUGAUACGGGCCAAUCGUCGCAUCCGAUGCGCUGUGUCUCCAGUCUAUCCACAUUGUCUAUUGUUGGCAACACAAACAAUAAUAGCCUUAAGGAAGUCACCUCCCAGCCACCAAAUCGUCAUAAUACCGGCAAUAUCAACAGCAAUGGCUCCGCCACUUUGAACAGUAAGAACGACGUGAGCGGGAGCAAUGUGUACAUGCUGCCAUCUGCGGGUUUGGAGACGGAAGCAGAGGCUAGAGCCCACUGGCGAGCUGAAUACGGACAGCAGCAGCAGCAGCAUCAACAGCAGCCGCCACAGCAGCAGCAGGCACAGCAAACGCAACAGCUGCAGCAACAGGAGCCACAGCAGCAGCAACAGCAAGGCGACAAAAGUAAAAGUAAUGUCAUCAACAAUGAUGUUCAAGUUAAGAAUAAUCACCAAAUAAUAAGCCAAACCGGCAACAAGAAAACGGAUGCAGCGGCAACAAAUGAACCAAGCACUGACACUAGCUUCCUGGAGAACAAUGGCCACGAUAACGAUUCCAUAAUGCUGGAUAUAACCCUGACGCCAGCUGGUGCUGCUGCCGAGCACAUGGAUGUGGGGGCCAUAAAUGUCAAUAAUAAAUCGCACAAUUCAAUUCCCAAGAGCAACAGCAGCCACAGUAGCAGCAGCAGCAGCAACUCGAGUGAUCAGACCAAAUCGCUGCCCCAACUCCAGCUAAAUAGUUUAAUGUCAAGGGAUCUUGCUGCGGGAGUAGUGGGCGUGCAUAAUAAUCACCUGAUGGGUGUUGGCUGCAAAGCGGCGGCGGCAUCAGAGCACACAACAGUAAAGAAGUUAAACAGUUUGGAGAAUAUGGAAAUUGUCACACCGUCGGCUGGCGGGUGCCGCUCCUUGGAUGUCCAGGAAUUAGCCAAUGGCUCAGCGCAGGUCGUUGGUGCCAGCGGCAGCGGAACCAGUGCAAAAAAGGGCAGCGGGGAGCCUAGUGAUCUUUUACAUGAAGCUUCGAAGAAUGGUAGCAGUGGCGGCAGCAAAAAUACAGAGAAAAUGUUUGACAUUAUGGAUUACCCCACAACGACAACGACGACGACGACGACGACUAUGCAUAUUUCAAAUAAUGCCUCAUCGGGUCAAGAUCGAUCAGCUGCCGUUGCCGCCGUUGCCGCUGCUGAACUGCCGCACUUUAAGGGCAUUAUGUCUUUGGCCGCCGCUGGAGACAACAAUAAUGUCACAUUUUCGGGAGUGCCUUCGUUGAACGUGCCUGCUGCCUCGGGAUUGGAGAGCGAUGCCAUGAAGAGUACGACAACAGCUUUAAAUGAAAGUGCACAAGCCAAUGUGACAGCGGUUUCAACAAAAGCCGAAGGCGAAAGUGGAAAAAGGGAACCGUCCGGCAGUAUUUUGCAGAAAUCUACGGCCGACAAGCCGCUGCUUUAUCCUGCUGCCCUGGGCUCUUCUCCCGUGACCACACAAUUUACCGGCGUUGGAAUCGUACCCUUUGGGAAUGAUAAAAAUGUGGUAUCAAUCUCGGCUUCACCGGCAUCUGAAAAUGAUCAAAAGAUGAGUUUCGGUGCCACCAAGGCGGUAGCCAGUUCAGUUUCGAACGGCUUGUCAUCGGGAACAGGAGGAGGAGGAGGAGGAGGGCAACGUCCCAUUGUGCCGCAGUCUCCGGUUGCUGUCACAACACCCUCACCAUCGCCAUUCAGCGCACGUGGUCUGGCGACUUCGAGUGUGAUACUGGCGAGCAGCAACACGAGAACUAGCAGUGGUGCCUCUGAGCCUGCAGCAGUGACCACUGAAAUGGCAAAGAAUCAAAGUACGGUUCUGACCACUUGCCCCAUCUCAUCCUCCUCAUCCUCAACAACAACAUCAACAUCUGCGUCAGCGGCAAGCACCAAUCCAGCUUUAGUCAAUGGUUUCCUUACUGGUUAUCCGCCUGCCACUAGCACCACAGUGAUUGCCAGCAGUACGAUGCCGCGUGCUUCGCCCACCCAUAAUAGCAACAAAUUGAUGUCACCAGCGGCAGCAGUGGCAUCAGGAGCACCAGGAGCAGUUUCUACAGCUCCACCAACGGCUGCCUCUAGCAUGGGAAAGAUGAUGUUUGGCAGCGGAAAUACAGCACCGGGCUCCUCGCCGUUACUCUUCUCAGGAGCUGGACAGCCCAUGCCCAUGCUUAUACAGGCUCCACCUCCGUAUCGUACUCCGUAUGCCAACUACCCGCUGUUCACCCCAUACAGCAGCCUGACCACGCACGGAUCGUACCUGCCGCCAGUAUUGCCGAUCGUUGCCACGCCCAAUAUUCCGCCGCCGCCCUCGCCUUCGCAUCACAUUCGCAGCUCUGAGCUUGGCCGAAGCAGCAGUCGCGAAUCGCCAUCCGCAGUGGGGCUAAUGAAGGCAGGCCAAUCGGUUUUACAAAACGUAUCGAUGGCAGCCCCGCCCACCAUGCUGCGCUCCAUGACGCCGAUCAGCAGCAGCAGCAGUAGCAGCAGUGCAUCGCAGCCCGUGGCUAGUGUGGUCACCACAAGCAGUGCCGGAAACUUUCUCUCCUCAACUGCCACCCUGCCGCCCAGCCAUUCGCAUAAUAUUCUAUCUCAUUCCCACAAUAUGCCCGUCUAUGGGUCAAGCAGCAGUGCCGCAACUGCAGCAGCAGCUGCUUCAUCGCAAACGCUUCCUCCCCCGAUCUCUGCCCAAAUACUGGCGCAGCCUGGGAACUUUUCAUCGCUGUCACAUCAUCUGCUGACCACGCAUCCAUCAGCAGCACAACAACAACAACAACAACAACAGCAGCAGCAACAUCAACCUUUAGUACGUUAUUCUUCAUCAUCCUCUGUCGCUGCUGCUGCUGGCUCCAACUUCAACUCCCCAUCAAUCCUCACCGUCCAAAGUUUAACCACUGCGGUAACGUCGUCGUCGAGUCUGUCAUCUCUAUCGACGACCUCGUCCUCGUCAUCAUCAUCGUCAUCUGUGAUCCAAAAGAUUGUUUCGCCCAAAGGUGAAAGUCCCAGCAGUAAGGAUCGGGAUUCUAGUCAUGGCAAUCCAAGCAUGAGGUCCUCCCACGUGGCAUCAAACCUACUGCCUGUGGUGCCAUCGCAAGGCAUCGGAGUGGGCUCUGCUGGCCCAUUUUGUGGCAUUGCCUCGAGCCAAUAUGGAGGUGGCACGCCCGUCUUGCCCUCGAAUGCAUCCAUGAUGACCAGCAUGGGAAUGGGAAUGGGCAGCCUGUCGUCGUAUCCCUCAAAGGCAGCGCUUUGGCUGAACUCCUCCGCGAAUGGAAUGGUGACAUCCUGUGCUGCCUCCUCAGCGCCCAUUGUCUCCAGUGGCAGCAGUACUCGACCGACGCCGCCGCUGCUCAAUUGCACGCCGGGCAUGGGAAUGGGAAUUGGUCUGGGAGCGGCGGGCCUGUCUGCGGCAAGGAGUUCUUGCAAUACGAUUUCGCCUCACCCAUCCAUUCCCCCAACUGCCAAUCCGUCAUCGUACUUCCCAGCAUCGUCGCCAUCGCCUGCCGCCAUAUCCUCAGCCAGCUCUUCGGCCUCGCAAUUGCCGAUGGUGUCGCACUCAAUGAGCAGUAUUGUGACAACGACAGCGGUUGCCACGCCCACCACGUCCUCCGCCCCAUCCAUGGUACAACAGCCGGGAGUAGCAAGCGGUGCCAGUGGCAGUACAAGCACGUCGGCGCAUCCCUUUUCCGCCGAAUCUCUGUUUCAGCCAAGCAAAAACGAUCAAGCCGAUUUGCUGCGUCGCGAGCUGGACAGCAGGUUCCUGGAUCGCUCGGGAUUAUCAGUGGCGGCUCCCACGCCGCCCACGUCGACAUACUUGCGGCCGCCCGAGCUACAGCAGCCGCAGCAGCAGCAGCCACCACCGCCGCCGCCGCCGCCGCAUCAUCAUCACCAGCACCAGCACACGCAUCUGCAUCAGCACCAGCAGCUGCUGCCACCGCCACAGGCAUCAGCGGCAGCGGCAGCAGCAGCAGCGGCGGCCUCGACUGUACAACCAAAUCCGGGACAAAUCUUUCCGCCGCCCCUAUUCAAGGACAUUUCGAAAAUGUCGGGCGUGGAUCCGCAAUUCUACCGCUCGGCGGGGGGCAUGGGCUUGCCAACCGGAGGAGGUUAUGCGGGAUAUGCCGCCACCGGGCUCCUGCACAGCGGAUUGGGCGGGCCAACGCCGUUUAUGCCGCCCAACCAUUUAACAUCCUUUGCGCCCAAGAAAACUGGCCGUUGGAAUGCCAUGCAUGUUCGAAUCGCGUGGGAAAUAUAUUAUCACCAAAACAAGCAAAGCUCGGACAAAUCCGGAGGCUGUCCUCCGGCGUCUUCUAGUCUUCUUGGCAACAGUAGUUCCAGUGUGAACCCAGCAUCAUCUGCGAUCAACGCGCCAAUUGCUGCCGGCAACCUGCUUAGCAGCGGAGGCGGAGGAAGCGUUAGUGGUGGGGCCAACACAUCAGUUAAUAAUGUUGCAUCUGGCCCAGUUGUUGGCAGUGGCAGUGCUCCCGGUGGUCCUGGUGUUGGUGGUGGUGUCGUUGUGUCCAACGGACAGACUUCAGUCUCGGCCAUUGGUAUUAAGACGACGCCAGCGCUAUCCAUAAAUACAACACCACAGCAUCUCCUGCAUCGUGCGAACGAAAUGCCGCCCGCGGCCGCAUUCGCCAGUGCUUUGCCCGGCAGAUCUCCGUUUGAAGCCUCUCCCCUGGCAGCGAGCUUCAUUGGUGCGCCACCUAGUCAUAUUGGAACAGCUGUGUCUCAGUUCGGACGCUAUGUGACUCCCUUCGGAUUCACAGGCCUAACGCAUUUCGGUGGACAUUUGGACUCGUGGAGGACAAAUGCCAUGCAACGGAGUGUCGCCUAUCAUCCAUCGAGUGCUUUGGCUUCCCCAAACUGGCCCAUCAAGGCGGAUCCCGGCCUGGACAAUGCCCGACGCGAGGCCGAGGAACGUGAACGAGAGCUGCGCGAGCGUGAGCAGCGGGAACGUGACCGGCAGCGACGCGAGCGAGAGGAGCGCGAGCGUAAGGAGAAGGAAGAGAAACUGAAGCGAGAGCACCAAGAGCGGGAGAGGGAGCGUGAGCGAGAUCGCAAGGAGCGGGAGCGGGAGCGAAGGGAGAUAGAGCGGCGUGAGAUGGAACGGGAGCGGCUCCUGCAGCAGCAGCGGAUAAAUGAAAGCAACAAGCAGGCAGCGGCGGCACAAGCGGCGGCAGCGGCGGCUGCCUCUGCAGCGCCCGUGCGUGACCGGUCGCCGCAUCGAAACGUGGGCGAACUUAAUACAGAAAUUCGCAUCAAGGAGGAGCAUCCGCGGCCAACAAAGGACGAACAGGAUGUAAUGCUAAUGCGUGCCUCGGCCGUUGCUGUGGGCGGAGAUCCCCGCUAUCACUCAUCUUCGCUGGCAGCCGCUCAGGCAAAUGCCGCAGCUGCGGCUGCCCAUCACCAUCAUCAUGCCAACUUCAUGGCCGCCAGUCGACAUGGCUUGGCACCGCCCCCGCCAUCGCAUUUGGCCCGCACCAUGAUGCCGCCCACCCUGAGUGUCGGCGGCCCCAUCACGCACUUCAGUGCCCCCGCACCGCCUGGUUGGGGCAUAGAUCCCUACCGCGAUGCAUACCCCAUCCUGCGCUACAAUCCCAUCAUGGAGGCGGCCCUGCGCCACGAAGCGGAAGAGCGACAAAAGGCGAUCAAUAUCUAUGCCGCCCAAUCUGCCGCCCAUUUGCGGGGCAAGGAGCCAAGCCCCAUUCCGCCGCCGCCAGUUGGUGUGGGUGGUGCCCUGGGUCCACCGCCGUCCCAUCACCGCCUGCAGAUUGUUUCGCCUCAGAGCCAACAGCAGCAGCAGCAGCAACAGUUGCAACAACCUGCUGGAAAGGCGAACGCUGGACCUUCGUCGGUGGCGGUAGCACCUCCACCAUCAAUCGUAGGCAUUCCAGUCCAGCACAUGAUGAGCGUCGAUGCGUUGAGUCAACAGCAGCAGCAAGGAGUAGUUAACACGAAAAAGGAAUCGACCGACCAUACAACGUCCAUGGGUGGCAUGGUGGUGGGCGGUGCUGCCGGCGGAGGUGGUGGAGGCGGAGGCGGAGGAGGUGGUGGUCUUAGUACAGUAGUACCUGGUGGUGUAAUAGGAAUAUCUCCAGUGUCAUCAGUGGCGCCAAGUCGAUGAUAAGCGAAUUAUAAACGCAGCCUCUAACCUCGGACUAAGUUAUAAUAACAGUGUACUAGCGAAUAAGCCGAAGAGGAAAUUUUCAAAAUUUCAAAGAUAGAGCUGGUGGUAAAAGCACUUCGAUGACUUUACAGGUAAACACAUCGAUCUUCAGCUCUACCUUGUCCUGAUUCCUGGUUCCCCUUUCUACCUGUCUACCUGCCUUCCUGCCUUCAUUCCUUCAUUCCUUCACCUCUACACCCCCGUCGCAGCCAGAGAGAACACCAAUAAAUAAAUAAAGCGAAA